AUGGUCAAAGUGGUUGCCAAAAGUGAGAAGAGCGCCAUUGAACGGGCUGAGACCAAGAGAGAAGGUGUUUCUAAGCUGUCAAAGCGCUUGGGCAUCAACUGUAACGGUAGCUCUACCUGUGGUGUUGGAGGCAUCGCCGGAACCGAACGAGGAACUAUCGACGAUCUCAGAAACACCGUUGCUGGUGGCGACGACGGUCUCUGGGGAGAAGGACAGCAAAUAGCCUGUAUCUCACAUGCCACUGGCCGCCUUUGCGCUUUCUACCAAAAUGUUGGCGAUCGAACUUUCAACAAGGACCAAACCCUAAUGUACAUGCAAUGGCUCCUUGACCAUGGCUGCGAAGUUUGUGGCAGUGUCCCUACCGAUGAUGGCAAUGACGUUAAUAACGGAGAGUUGACCGUCAAUUUUGUUGCAUAA